UUUCUUCUCUUCGGUGUUCCCAGCGGGUCCAGAGCCGGGUCCCCGCGGAAGCGGCGGCGGCGGCGCCAUGGCGGAACUAACGGCUCUGGAGAGUCUCAUCGAGAUGGGCUUCCCCAGGGGACGCGCGGAGAAGGCUUUGGCUCUCACAGGGAACCAGGGUAUCGAGGCUGCGAUGGACUGGUUGAUGGAGCACGAAGACGACCCCGAUGUGGACGAGCCUCUAGAGACUCCCCUUGGACAUAUCCUGGGACGGGAACCCACCUCCUUGGAGCAAGGUGGCCCUGAAGGACCUGGGGCUGCUGCUGGAGAAAGCAAACCCAUUUUGAGUGAAGAGGAAAGACAGGAACAGACUAAGAGGAUGUUGGAACUAGUGGCUCAGAAGCAGCGGGAGCGGGAAGAAAGAGAGGAGCGGGAGGCAUUGGAACGGGAACGGCAGCGAAGGAGACAAGGGCAAGAGUUGUCGGCUGCACGACAGCGGCUACAGGAAGAUGAGAUGCGCCGGGCUGCUGAGGAGCGGAGGAGGGAAAAGGCUGAAGAGUUAGCAGCCAGACAAAGGGUCCGAGAAAAGAUAGAAAGAGACAAAGCAGAGAGAGCCAAGAAGUAUGGUGGUAGCGUAGGUUCUCGGCCAUCCCUGCCAGCAGCAGAGCCAGGUCCUGUUCCCUCCUCUCCCAGCCAGGAGCCUCCCACCAAGAGGGAGUAUGACCAGUGUCGCAUACAGGUCAGGCUGCCAGAUGGGACCUCACUGACCCAGACAUUUAGGGCCCGGGAACAGCUGGCAGCCGUGAGGCUCUAUGUGGAGCUCCACCGUGGGGAGGAACCUGGAGGGGGCCAGGACCCUGUGCAAUUGCUCAGCGGCUUCCCUAGACGAGCCUUCUCAGAGGCUGACAUGGAGCGGCCUCUGCAGGAGCUGGGACUUGUGCCUUCUGCUGUCCUUAUUGUGGCCAAGAAAUGUCCCAGCUGAGGGGCCUUUAUCCCACUGUCCUUCUCUGACCUCUUCAUCUUUGAUAAAGCACUGACGUCUCUAAUAAAUAGAUCCUCUGAGUUCUGUA